CCUCCCAUCCCUCCGCGCCCACCGGGCUACGAGCUCAAGACUCUGGCGAACCCACCAUUACCUGCCCGCCCAUCGAAACAGAAGUUACAGCAGCAACAAAGCUACCUACCACCACCACCACCAUCUCCGGCUCAACACCCUCAGUCCCAACAGAGUACAUUCAACCAGUUACCUCAAUGGCAACCACAAAACCCGUUAUCCAAUGCCUCCCAACCAUCUCAAUGGACGCCUCUAUUUCACCCAGACGGCACGCCAACGCCUCUUUUUGAAGCACUCACAGCCGACAUAUGGAAGCACUUAGAUUCCGGUCGAACCGGGCAUAUCACGCCCGAGGUAUUUUCGGCGUUCCUUGAUGUGCAAGGUUUCCUCCUGGAGAACAAUACCUGGAAAGCAAACCACAAGCCCAAUACCCUGGGCAUGUAUACCGCCGAAGACAUCGCCGACUUCAAACUUAAAGCCGCCUGCGAAGCUUGGUCCUUCGACCACACCGUCGUCGUCCGCAGUCCAGGCCGCCCGCAACUCCCUUACGGCGGAAUGCCGCUGCUCAGUCUCCGCGGACUCACCGACAUGAUGGCCGUUGAAUACGCUGCAGACCCGGACCAGUCAACCCAGUGGCUCAAUGCUGCAUUGCGAUACUACGGCGUGUGGCCGGCUUUGGUUCCCCUGCCGAGGGAUGCGUUAUUGAGGGCAAGGCCGGCGGAGGUACAGGACAGGAUUGACAAGGCGAGUGUGCGCAGUCAGAGAACGGCAAGUGAGAGCAUGGAGGCCACUAGGGUGAGGAAUGAGAUUGCAGCGCAGGGGAGGCGGAAUGCGUUAGAGUUGCUG